GCCUGUCGUGUGUUACCCGUGUGCCAGUCGCCAGUAGGACAGUUUGUCCAUCCUAAGCGCCCCGUGCGUGUCAAAACUCGUGAUCGAAUGAGUUUGCGAACGCAAUCGCCCCUCUGCACGAAAGCAAAAUUGUGUCCAAGUGUUUCCUUGUUCCGGUGCGGUGCUGAUUAAUCCGGUAGGGCAGCUCAUUCGACACACAGACACACGCGCACACACACGUACAUGAGUUUACGUGUUACGGCAAUGUGACUAGUGCGUGUGGAUAAAACACACAGGAAAAACACCACCCCAGUUUGGAGGAACAGAAGUGGACAACCCCCAGUACAGCAAAAUUUCGUGUGGAGCCUAAUUAUUGUGCAACCUCGAAUUCGUUUUGGGGCGUUAAUGUGAAGUUAUUGCGGUUGUGUUUGAAGGUGUGAUAAGUGAAGCAGUUGUGCAUGAAGAUGCAAGCAAGAUAGCGAGCAAAGUGCGUGUGUGUGUGUGUGUGCGCGCGCGGGUGUGGAAGAGAAGAAGAGAAGCGAGCGGAGUGAUACAUGUGAAUGGAAGGGAAAGGAAGGCAGUGGAAUCGUGUGGCCAAUCGGUUGGUCGGUGAUCGUGUCUCGCCCUCCAUCCCGCCCCAAACAAAAAGUGCGUGCAGAAGUUAGGGAAGUGAAUAUUUCGCUGUAAAAGCUCGUACAUUCCUUCCUUCAAGUGUGGAUUCCUGCAGAUUCCGAAGACGACGUGCCUGGCCCGUACAUUGCCAUCCUGUGUACCUGUGUAUGCGCGCGUGUGCUCGUGUGAAGAAUAAUCGUUCAACCGCGGUUGGGAGGAUGUUGGUUCCAAAGGCAUGCGGUCCAAAGGAAGUGGCCACUGAUGUGAAUUGAGGUGCAAAAAAAAAGUUAGAGGAAAGUGAGUGAGUUUUUCGGCGAAAAUCGUCCUCUUCUUCUGGAGCAGUCAGUCAGGAAGGGUUUUGCAGUGUCCGGAACAUUGGUACACGGGUGGUGCGUUACGAGUUGACAUCGAGUUUGGUUCUGUCUGCCUGCAUAACCAGUUUGUGGAGUGAUUUUUUUUGGUUGUUGUUGUGUGUAUGUGUUGUGCUAGUCUUAACGUGUGUUCUGGAAGUUUGCUGGGGCAAUGGUUACGGUCGCUUACUGCUGCUGGUUUGAUACGGCUGCACCGUUAAAUAUCCCACGUUGAGUACGAAACGUUCGGUUCCGAGGGCGAAACCAUUUCGGAAGGCGAAUGGUGGGCCGUAGUGCGAAUACUGCCUACUGCUGAAAGAGGCGUUGGUGGUGGUCGGUAGUGCUGGUGUGGUGGCUAAUACAGGUGAAGUGAAACCAGUGGGAAAACGGAUGGUCGCGGUAGGUGGAUUUGCCUGUUGUGUGAGGGUUGAGGGGGAAAAUUCUGAGGAAAACAGCGACCCGCACUGCGUCUGCGCGUUUCGCGACUGAGUGUGAAAACGCGAUGAAGUGAACUGCCCUUCACAGUGCCUCUGCCGCACAUAAACGCAUGCAAUCAUACGUGCACACAUACACACACACGUGCACACGCACACACACACAUACACACACUGGAGAACAUCUCGUACACACGCGCACACACAACUACAUUUUCCCACACACACACGUUGAGACGCACACACUUACAGGCACACUAACUAGCGACUAACGGACAGCGCCUUGUUGAGGGAACGGAGUAGUACGCGGGCCAGGAUAUUCGAAACUCGAUUCAAUCGAUCGUUCAAUUCGAACAGUGCGUGUCGCGCGAUGGCAAUGUGCUCCUGCGAAACGGUUCGUUAUCGUUCACCGCGCUACGUAGGACGCUCGGUACGGUAGUGUGCGCUCGGGGCAGAACGUAACGGGGCGCGGACCCGCAAGGUCGGCGCAGAUUGGCGCGUGUUACUGACCGGUGCACACGGACACCCUUCUUUCCCAACCCGGCGGAUCAGGCUACCCGGGGUCCGGGUUCAACGACGAGUGUUACGGCAGUUACCGCGAGUUUCGUAAGAUUCACGACAAACAACAACAAAAAAAAGAAAGAGAAAAACCCCACAAACCGGAAUGAUGGAACCGGACAUAGCAGUCCCAUCCUCAGCACUGUCGUCAUCUGGUGUCACCGUACGCCUGUGAGCAUAUUGGGGGAUUUGCGGUGUUUUGCGGAAACUCGAACGGAAUUGGUUGAAGCCAUCCAUACAGCCUAAGCACACGCGCUAACCGCCUGCCCGUUUAGUUUGCGCCAAACCACCCAUAUCCGCCCACCCGUCCCCACCCGCCAUACAUUCCGCUGGAGCAGGAGCUGACGGAUGUCGUGUUUAACACCAGCAAGUGUCGAUGCAGCGAGGGGGCUCAAAACAGUGCCCCCUAGUUCGUUCUUUUGAGGCAUGUCGUAAUGGCAAGGGAGUUGUUUUCCCUCCCCAUUCCUUGUUCGUAAGCUCUCCUCGUACGAAAGCAGAAGUGCCAAAUUAAACAUUUUUUAGGAAGCGCACCAAAACGUAUCACUACCGCAGUUUGUUCAGGAUGCACGUGUGUCCUAGUUAGAGCUCCGCCCAGCUAAAGUACGGCGUGUGAAGUUAUAAUUCCGUGCCCUUCGUGUUGCAUCACAAUAAGGCGAAACGCUUCGAGUUGUCGAGAAGUUUUUGGUCGGUGCAUCAUCGACCGGAAGAAAUAAAAAAAAACACUAAACAGUGCAAAAACUCAAACGAAUCUUAAGGAAGAAAAAGCGCCACAAAAUCCCUUCAUCGUAUCAGCAAAAAAAAAAAUCUUCGAUAUGAGAAGAAUCACACCACAAUGCGAGGGUGGGAAUUUUUCGCGAUCUUGGAGCAGCAGCAGCAGCAGCAAGGAGCGAUGAGUUGGAUACCGCUGUUACGCGAUACCCCUUAGGCGGUGCAAUCCUAGUGCCAGCGACAACUGGUGGCAAACAGUAACAGAAAGGCGCAAAGCACAGGCACACACAUUUGUCCCUCGGAGUGGUACGGGUCCGGGUUGAGGGGGGUUUUUGGAUGGUGCAUCGAUUUUGGGGCUCGGUUUUGUGUGUGAGCAGCAUCCGCGUGUUAUAGUUACUGAAGAUGUGGUCUGCAGCACUAUGUACAUUGGGCGUUUCGAAACCGAUUUGGGGCUGCAACUGUUUGAACUUUCGCCAAGGAAUGUCCGUGGAGUCUCGUGGCAAGAGGCCUUUAAAAAUCUGGGACAGUUGGCGCAAUGUCCGUAAAGGUCUCGUAGUAGGUAGCUUCGAGGAGCUAAUAGUUAGAGGAAAAGAUAAAUUAGGAGUGCCAGCCUCCGAACCCGUGCGACUGGUGUUGGAAUGCGACGGCACACAGGUGGAGGAUGGCGAAUACUUCAGGACGUUAGCGAACAAUACGGUACUACUCCUAUUGCGACAAGGUGAACGCUGGUACCCUACUGGUGUGGAUGUAAUUAAGGCUGCAAUAUCAGCAAUACCAAAGAUCGUUUGCGAAACUAUACAUGCAUUGGAGCUGCAGGAUGAAACACCCUCCUGGAAGAUUAUGGAUAACAAGGGUCGAGUCACAGUUGUGUUGCAUUGGGAUCAACGGCAGGGCGGUGGCCAAGGUGGUGGCGGCAGUAGCAGUAGCGGUGGGCCCGGUUCCGGUGUCGGUUUAAGCAACGGUCCGACGUCGGACAAAUUUUCCCCGUCGAAGAAAAGCCUCUCGACGCAAAACUCGAUCGACAAAUCGUCCGUCUCGAGCCAGCCCCGUUUCCCGAGCCCCCAGAUUACCGUCAUCAAUCACGAUGAUCCACAGUCGCAGAUGUAUCAUUCGGCGAGGCGCCUCUCGAAGCAGGGCGGUUCGUUCGACAGUGCGGUCGGUGCGGUGCACGUGCACACGCCCGAGUGUGCGCACCAUGCGCAUAUGCCUACGCGUGCCGGCAGUCCCGGUGCGACCGAGUGUGACUUUCACUGUUGCGCACUGCACGAGGAGGGCAGAAAGAUUGCGGUGCACAAGAAUGUGGCCACAUCGCCGAUACAGGACGGUUCCGCUAGCCCGCAGCCACCGCCCAGCAGCAUGUCGGACAGCCGGCGCACGUCCACGACCAAGGGUCACGUGCGGUUUCUGGACAUUGGACCGGAGCGGGACAGUUCCGAGAGCGAAACGGAGAACACCGUCAUGGAGGAUGAAACCGUGACGUCCGAGAAGUUUCUGCUGCUGAUCGAUCAGCUGUCGGUGGAUCAGAAGCGGCACCUGAGCAUCAAGGAUAUCGGCAUCAUACUCGAGCGGCUCAGCUCGAAGAUACUGGACGUGGAGCGGUUGGACCGCGAGAGUGAGUCGGACGAUUGCUACAACUGGACGAUCAAGGCAACGAUACGUGGCGAUGCGCUGCGCGAGCUAGGUGUUAUUUAUAAUGGAAACUAUUACGCAAUAUCAGAGCAUCCGGGCUACAAGGAGGAGAACGAGGAAAACGGCGAGGAUGCGGAGGAGGAAGAUGAGGAUAGAUUAUAAAAGAAAUAAGGGUGAAGAGAAAAAAAAAACAAACAAACAAAAUACAUCCGCGUUUUGCAUUCGAUUGCGCUAAGUUAGAAUAAUCCAGUACCGCCACCGAAACGCAUUCUGUGUGUGUGUGUGUGUUUGUGUAUGUGGGCACAUUGAAAGCGUGUGAACGUUUCAUCGAGAUGUUCCGAUACUACAGAGCCCAUCACGAGACAGUGUUCCGGGACCGGGAUGCCCGAUAGGUGAUUAUCUUUGUAUUUAGGGCCGCACGACGCGGGAACCUAGUAGUAGACGUAUGAUCGUCACUCACACGCGAGCGCUCGUUCACUCAUUAGGGGCAGCAGAACGAUCGCCCACUCACUCGAUCGAAUAAUAUUUGUUAAUUUUUAUUUUAUUUUUUUUUUGGAACCGAAAGCGGAAACGGAAAUACUAGACAUUUAGCUGUGUGCGUGGCACGCGCGCGCGCUUGUGUGCCGAAAAGUUUUGUACCCUUUGGAGAGUUGGUGGGGAAACUGCCGGAGCUAGAAUGAAUGACAGCAUCCCACAAGAGACAGUCAGACACUCUCGUGAACACUUCUUCCUCAAAAAACACGUAGCAAAACUAAAAACAAAGAAAAAGAAAACAAGAGCACAUCCCAACUACUACUGUGUAGCAUUUUGUAAUGGCGUACGAUUCCUUUUAUGGCGGUGAUCGGUCGGUACCGAUCGUUGUAAGUUGGUUUGCCGGGCAUUGAUGUAAUGUGGGCGGAAUGGAGCGAAAUAGUGCCAAAAUAAAACAAAACAAAACAAAAAAAAAACAAUGUCACUGGAAGCGUUUAAAUGGCACAACAGUAACGUACGUGUUGCAUAACGUGCACCAAGUUAUCCACCAAGUGCAGUUCAGUUCCAGAUGCUGGAUGGAGCAUCACACAGCAGGUAACGAAGAUGAAGAAGCAGAAAGAAAACUUUGGUUACACUAGUUCAAACAAACAAACAAACAAAAAAAACAAGUAAUUUAAUACACAAAUACACAGGACAAAACUGGGCCUGUUGCAGCGCCAGAGUGAGAACUCGUUAAGAUAUAAAAUAAAAAAAAUCGAAUAAAAUCCUAACCAUGAUAAAAAAAAACAAACAAACAAACUAAACGAUGCACUGCACGCCAUAAUCGCCCCACAAAUGUAAGGCAUCAACAACAAACAAAAAUAUUCCCCACCCUUGCAUACCCUCUCCUCAUUCCAUAUCCCAUCCUAAAUGUAGACGUAACACAAAUUGCAAAACAAAAUGUGUGGUGAGUAGAGAGCAGGUGGAUGACAAAAGUUUUUAAAAAAACGCUGCCACUUUACGAAAGUAAAUAAGAAAAAUCGAACAAUAGUGAAACGAAUGAAGUGUUUAUGUGUAAGCAAAAACCAGAACAAACUACAUAAAACAAAAGACAGAGAAAAAAACGCACACACACACAGCCGGAUCAUCAAACACGAUAGACAUCAACGUUUGAUUAAAUUAGAGUAACCAUAACAGGUAAAUGCAACGUUAUAAGGAGCUGCAAAUCACAAAACAAAUCGAAAAAGAGAAGAAGAACAGGACAAAAACAACAACAAAAGAGAAAAAAAACAACCGCACAUCACUGUAAUCAUUACUUAGGACAGAAAAUAACGAAACAAAAGAAGAAGAAGCCAAAAAAAAGUAUUACUAAACUCUGUGGCGAAGUGGUAGAUUGUAAGGAUAAAACGAAGCAAUUAAAUUAAAAAAAGGAAAAAAGUCAAACUUUAAAACUGGCACCGUGAAAGAACAAAAAAAAAACAAAACAAAAUAUCGUAAACGGAUAUGUACGGUCGAAUUAGCUUAUUAUUAAAAGAAACAAACAAACAAACAAAAAACAAGUAUAAAUCAUUCAUUCAUUCCAACCGGAACGGCGGUCGGCUGUAUCGCAAACAAAAACCUGUAGCAGGGAAGAUAAACAUGCGAAUGCAACUAUGGACAAUUUCAAGGAAAAACUAGGAUAAAAAGAGCCGUAAUAGAUUAGAUUUAUUUGUAAAGUAGUGAAGAGAGCAAAAGGGGUGGAAAAGCACAGAGUGGAAAGUUUAGAGUGGAUUGAACAUUUGCAAAAAGAAGCAGUCCGCCAAUGCAUCUAAAUCGAUGAUAGAGUUUGCGUUAAAAAUUUCAAAUGAUCACUCACCCAUACCAGCGUACACAGCGCCAGAGGACGGAUAGUUAGAAUGUGAACGGAUAAAAAAAAAAACAACCAUAAACAUAAAACAAAAACCCCAUAGGGCAGACAAGUUGUGAUGCUCGCAAGUAAAAAUACACCCACACACACACUUACACCUAACAAUAAUAAAAAAAAACACACAUUUAAUUGCAAACGUUUAGCAACGAUUAGUAGACGCGUCCCAGAUAUAUAUAUAUAAAAAAAACAGUUGUUAUAAUGAGUGAAACAUACCUACAGUUGAAACACUAAAGUGAGAGAAGUAAGAAAACAAAACAAAAACAAAAAAACACGCGUAAUAACAAAACCAAAAACGGUAAUUUUCAAUAAUAAAAGUAGAGAAAGUUCAGCAACCAUUGCUUUUGGCAAGGUGACAAAUGGAUAUACGCAACAGAACAGAACCAGAACAUGAUAAACUAUGGGAAUCUGAUGAUAAUCGAAAACAGCCCCUUCCUUCCCCUUCCCAUCCCUUACAAUAUUAACUCAUCUUAAAAGAAGAAAACAAAACUAAAACAAAAGCGAACGUUCUACUGCACCAAACAAUCCACAUGAAUUUAAACGAAAGAUCUAAAAACGAAUAAACUACAAAAGGUAACACAACCAACACAAAGCAAAAAAGCAAGCUAUAGUAAAAGAAGAAGAAGAAAAAACACUUGUGUUGUAGAAUGAAUUAGAACAAAAGCAGAAGAAGUGCACGCAAAACACGCACGCAGGCAAAACACAACACAACAGUGAACCAAAACAACAAAAGAGAAUACAUUCAAAGAAAAACCAACCUUCCCCUCCCCUGUACGGAUGCGCAACGUUGGCGCAUAGAAGGCGCGGACGGGAAGGCUGAAAAGAAAAACCAGACACGUUUUGGGGUGAAAUAAUAUAUAUUAUAUUAUUGCUAAUGAGCAUUAGGAGCGAAGAUGUUAUCAUCUUACACAGAGAUAAUCCCCGUUUUUUUUUUUGGAAGAUCAUUGCUACAAUGGGCAACAUUUGUUGAUCGGUCGUGUACGAAUAAAAUAGAACAAAAAUUGCAAUAAUCAUCUACGGUCGUCAACGGAUGUUUUAGGUGCGCUGCAUACCGGAUUCGGCGAACUCGGUAUAAGGUGGAAGUGUGUGUGUGUGUGUGCGUAUGUUUGUGUGUUUGUGUGCGUGUGAACCGGGUUUUGUGUUGUGCCAUGACUUUUUUAAUGCUUCUCAAUCAGCCAUUCACACACGCAACACACAUACAGAACAAGAAACGUUGAAAUGGCGGUUGAAAUGGAUUCGAAAUAAAUCAACAACAUGAAAAACACGAGCGAUAUAGUAUAUUAGUGUAUUAGUGCAAAAUACACAUUGCACCUUAUGCUGUGUAUGUACGUUAUGCAUGCACAUGUGUAUAUUUAUAUGUGUAGAUGUACGUGUGUGUGUGUCGUUGGGGAAAGAAGACUGGGGAAGGGAUUGUGUGCCACACGCGGUUUACUAUUUGACGAAUUGACAGUAGAUAGUACAAGUCAAUAGAAUUUGAAUUUUGUUAGCAUCUCCUUCACACACACAUACACACGUACACAAACACACAUACACACAUUCAAUAAUUCGACUACUAAGAGAUAGGUGUGCUCCCUUCAGGCACAACUUCUUCCCAUUUCCACCCUGAUUUUGCCUAUCGUUGUGUCGUUUGUGUACUAUAUAUGUGUGUGUGUGAGUGUGUAAGUGAAUCGUUUUAAAUCAAUCGUGAUUUAUUUGUCACCCAUACACCGUACCUGUGGUUGUUAGUGAUUGAAGUAGUCACGCGAAGGCUAAGUAUCCGUUUUUGCGCAUGGAAAACCGCCCCCGGGUUUUGAGUAAUCUAAUGGCGCCAUUCUUAGUAGUCUUUUGAGUUUAAACGUUGGAGUUCACUGCUCGAACAUGGAUCGAGUUAUUUUAAUAUUAACUGGCCUGAACAAUUGCCCGCCAACAGCCAACAUGGAUUGGAAAUGAAAAGCGGAAAGGUUUACACUUUGGUUACUUCUAAGUCGUUCGUGUAGUAACAUCACUGCCAUUAGAUUUUUGUGUGUGCGACGUGUGUGUGUGAGUGUGUAAGUGCAGAUUGGCGCCAGUUAUGUGGAUGAAAGUAGCGUGGUUGAAUAAACUAAGAAUACUCUUAACUUAUUAACUCUUUACUUAGGAGUACGUUUACGUCUUUUAUGGAAGAAAUUAAGUGUUUCAUUUUAAAAACCAAAAAAAAAAACACACACACACAUUUUGCUACACAGACGUUAAGGUGUUUUCGAAACGUUUAAUUUUAAGAUAACUUUGAGUAAUAUUGGGUAGAUUCCAUAGUGGGUAAUUUCCUUUUGCAAUGCGAUAGAUUGUUAUCUUUGGUCACUAAAGUGAGGAAGGAAGCACUGUUGUAAUACUGUCGAUGUCCUUUAGAUAACUUGUAUUUGAAUAUGUUUUUGUAAUUUCUCCAUUCAAAUCGAAAGCCAAACUACACAAUCGCUACAAUCCUGUGCCAAAUACAGUACGAUGUGUUACAGCUGGUGAAGUUUUGUAAUUUGUACUAUUUUUUAAUUCUUUUACAAUCAAACAGCAGUAGCUAAUGAUGCUUUAAUUUGCCUAGACACCGAUUUGUUUUGAGUGAUUACUGAAAUUUGGUGUAAGCAUACAUGUGAGCAGUCCUUCUGUUUGGAAUGUCUAACGAUACGGGGGGAAACAAAAAUGCAUCGAUACCGUAGUGUGGAAAAGUGAUUCAUGGAGGAUAGAAUGAGUUGUAUUUUAUACGCCAAACGUAAAAAAAAGUUACAUCAAACGAGAAUCGAAACCAAUUUCGAACAGGUCCGUCGCGAAGCACGUGAAGAAAAGUUCAUGCUCUCGAUUUAACAGCGGACGGUUUAGGAUUAUUGUUAGUUAUUGGUUUUUACCACACCCGGAAGCAUACAGCACAAAACACUCAACGCAACAAUGUAUAUGAAUGGAUGUGUUAAUUUGUUAAUCCAUUGUAUAUGUAAUGAACACACGGUUUAAGAAAAAAAAUCAACACGCGAACAACACACUUCCAAAUGUGGUGCUCAGUAAAGUAUCGUCUGUAUGUGUGCGUGUGUGUGUGUGUGUGUGUGUGUGUGAGGGCAAAACAUUUUUGCACCAAAAAAAAAAAAAACAAUCAAUCCGUUUUUGACUGUUCACUAGGAACCGAUUUUUUGAUAGUGUAAUUUUUUUAGACGCCAUCUGUUCUUUCCUUCCGUUUAGUUAUUUCUCUUACUACUUCCCAACGUCUACACAAUUACCCGUGGCGUAAACCGUACCGUGUUUUAUACGUAUUUAUUUUAGCUUGUGUGUAUAGAAUGUAUGUACUUUCCUUUUUUACUACAAAAUACUUACACUUGUCAGUAAGCGCCGGUAAAUACUGAUGAAAGAAUGAACGGGUAGAGUACAUGACAAACGAUUAUCGAAAUGUCACGAUCGCGAUUAGUGUUGGUUUAGGUAGAACGAAUGAACGGAACGAGUCGUUCACACACAUCGAGGUAAUUUCGAACUGUGCGUAGUGCGCCAUUAAGCCACGAGCGCACUGUGCGUGUGCGAAUGAGCGAAAAUGGACCGCGUAAAAGCAUCAACAAUGCGCACGAUAAAUUUUGUUCAUGAAAAGUAAGGUUUUAAACGAACAAAAUUAGAUGAACUUAUGGUUUUAACGUCAAUGAAAAAAAAAAUACUUAAAGCUGUCAGUUCGCUCAUUUCACACCAGGGUGCGCAUUCAGUACGGAAUUACCUUAGGCGGAUGACAGCGCUCUGCUCAUUAUGGUAGCUCUUUCGCUCAUAUAAAUCAUAUGGAAAGAUCGAACUUAAACCAUCACACUACUACUCUUUGAAUACAUAUAAAUACAAUAGUAACAAACAAUUGUUUUUUUGUUUAUUUUUUGACGAUCACAAUAACGUAAGCACCGGAAAGCAAAACGAUAGAAGCAAGCAACGUACCUAAAGUAGUGGAAGGGAAAAAGAAACCAUUGAGAGCGAAGGUGUGUGUGUGUGUGUGUGUAACCAUUGUGCAUGUGUCGAAAAUACUGAUGCAUGUGUACGAUGUUAGAUGUAUGUACUAGAAACCAAUGGCCACCCAAUUUGGUUGGUGCGCUUUUCUUAUUGCGUGCAGCGAAAGCAUGGUCGUCAAGGCGUCACGUGUGUUGGUAAUUCGUAGACACAGAAGAUAGCGAGUUAUAUUAUAUCUGACACUGCCCAAAAGCCCCCUUUAGUAAGAACACGACGAGCACUAACGAGCUCUGCGGACAAAACACCUGCUAAACCUGCAAGUGGAUCGUCAGCAAUUGCCCCACCAAGAGUCAACAAACAGUCGAUCGUCGAUCGUUUCUCCGCCAUAUUGCUAUAGAAGGUAUUGCAAACGAAUUGAAUGUAAAAACAAAACCACACAAGUAUGCUUCAAGAACGAUAAUACAACCAAAGCGAACGAAGUACUGUCCAACCAGUGGUUUACACUCUUGGUGCGUGAAGUUAAGCUGCAAACUAGUGUUGCUAAUACAUAAUGCCAGCUAAAUCGAACAACCUUAACAAACGCUGCGACGAACUAUGUGACGACGCAAUGCUAAUGAACGGGGCAAAACUAUCGGAAAAUUCCCACUAGCAGACUGUUUGUUUGUUAUCCUGGAAGGAUAGACAAUCCUUCUUAUGCACCGGCGCAUAUAACUGGUGAAAGACGAGGGUUCGUGAUGAUGCCGAACGGUGACGGUGUUUGUAGACCGACAUUGGUAUUCGACUGGCGAACAGCAAAAAACCAAAAAAAAAAAACCAUGGGGCGAUAAUGAUAGGUGGUAAAUAGAUGGUUAGAAACGAUGAAAAAUAAUUGAAAUAUAGCAAAACUUCUAAUACAACAAAAAAAAACGAUAUCGUAAACAUAUUUUUUUAAAUAUAUAAAAGAACAAAAAAAGCGUCAAAAAACAUAAACAACCUAAAAGCGAAGCAACAAAUACUGGGUGUUGCUAAUAAUACAAAAGAGCACAAAAGAAAAAGGAAAAAAGAAAACAAAACAAAGCAUCAGAGCGGUAAACUAGGCGAUACUUAAGAGUAAACGUGUGAAGUGUGCCAACAAUCGCCCCAAAAAUGAUAAUGUGUUGUGGUCUUCAACCAUAUAGGGGGGAAAACAUGGAAGAAGAAGUAUAAAACGUUACGUUGCUCGUAAAUUGUCAGAACUUAUCGGAAUUUAGUGGCUAACUACUACUACUACUACUACUACUACUGCUACUGCUACUACUACUACUACUAACACAAACAACCCAGGAAAAGAAUAAUCUACCCAAAGACAAACUAAACAGAUAAAUUAACAUAUUUUGUUAAUUAACAUACGGAUUACCAAUCUACUGGACAGGACUCUCGUACCCAUUUGCACGUACCCAUACAAACAAACACACACACGCAUCCACAAACACAUUGAUUAAAGUCGAAUUCAUUUAAUACCUAGAAUUAUUAAUCUAAAUAUUCAAGUAUUUAAAUGGUGAUCGGUCUGUACGGUACAGAGAAAACCGAGCGGCGGGACAGCAAGAGCAAAUAAAAGAAACGAGAACUAAUUAAACGGGUUUUGAAUAUAAUUCAACAAGUAAACACAAAAUAGAAACAAAACGAGAAACAAAAAAAAGUAUAUAUAUAAUAAAUAUAUAUAAAUAUGCAACACAAGCAAGCAUGCCACGAUCGCCUGGGCAAAUAUGCACCCUUUAGUAACAAAAGUAAUGGCGCAUUCGGGUAUGCCACGCAUACGAAUAGGCUCCAACAUCAAACGCACACACAUACACAACUCGCCCCAUCCCCUAUCCACACACCUAGACCAUAGUUUCAUCUAGGUCGUGCAUAACUGCCAGCAAAAAAAAACCAAUCGGCAAACCGACACCGCUAUAGAAGAGUGGCCAGGAUUUGUUUUUCUUCGAAAAAUUGACAGUUAAGUAGAUGCGUAUGUAUGUGGUGUAGUGAGCCCGGGUUCAUACUAAAAUUCUAACACACUACAAAUAUACAGCUCACUCAUACGUACACAGCCGUGAGCGUGAAUAUAAGCGACAGGCAAAGAAUUGCAGUAGAAGACGAACAGAAGAAAUCCUUCCCUUCCUCCCCACCUUAUCUUCCUCAUCCUGCCCUCCUCUUAACUAAUCGCCCUUAAGCCUACUUAAUGGACUUUUGUGGCAAUCGUACGCAGGCAAAUAAGAAAGAAAACAAAAAAGAAAACACAAAAACCAAACGGUACGAUGAUAACUAAUGCGCAAGAAUAUAAAAAACGCGCAUCACGCGGGCUCGAGAUUGGUGUGCAAUCCAAAAACCGAUCGACUAAUCGAUCGAUCCGAUCCGAUUGUUCGGAUGCCAAAGCAAACGCACGGUGUUGGAAGAACCGGCGGUAGUAUGGCCAAAAGGGUGACAGUGUUACACAGUGUGCACAACAAGAAGGAAAGGAGAAAAAAAGUAAAACAUGCUGCCGAAGGAAAGUACGCAAAAAUAUGAAAGUAUAUUUAAAGAAACAAAAGAAAAAUAAAAAAUAACUAAUGUUUUGUAUAGAAUAUUUCUGUUAUAUUAUGUAAAAAUUAUUUAAAAAUGAAUAAAAAUUAAUCGCUUAAGAAGUUUAAAAUAAAA